AAAACACAAUGAAUAAUAAAAGAGAAGAACAUUCGCAGCCUUUUACGUUGUAUGAUUACGGUCAAACCCUGAUAAUUUAAAUCAACAUGUUACGUUACGUAUGCUUCCUCCGCGGUGGCGCGUGAGAACACAUUUAAAAUUACACGUGGUGUCUGCGGUGGCGAAUGCGGUGGUUCCUCGAAAGUACGUUGGGUCCAUUCAACUCUCAUUAUGUUGAAAAUGAAAGAAAGUUUCACAGUUUCCACAACCACCACUCUGAAUAUUCUCACCAUUCUCAACUCUCUUCUUCACUUUCCUUCAUCUCUCUCUCUCUCUCUCUCUCUUGCAAAUGAAGCGGAGAAAUCCAUUCUCUUAAAUGAAGAAACCACCUUCCUCCGCCGUCAAACUCCUUCUCGCCGCCGUAUUACUUAUACUCUCUUUGCUACCUUCUUCACUUCACGCUCUCGGCUCCGGCACCACCUUGGCCGUCACCGACGCCCCGGCCACCGUGUGCGGCAUCGUAGCAGGGGAAGCCACGCAGAGCAUUCAGUGUUACCGUCAGGGGCAGACUGUUUCCGUCGUCCCCAACGUUUCGUUUUCUUCCAUCUCCGGCGGGAGGAGCUUCUUCUGCGGCCUCAGGUCCGGUAACCACAGCUUGCAUUUGUGGGAUACCGCUACAUCUUCCUUCCAGAGGAAGAGGCUUUACAACAAUGGCUCUGUUCCGUUGGAGAAUCUCACUGUUGGGGAGGACCAAGUUUGCGCCACGGUGGUCGGUGCCGGGACGGUGGUUUGUUGGAGAAGCCAUAGCGAGCAUGAAUCGCCAUCUGGGUCGGAUCAGUUUGCUUUGAUUUCAUCUGGGUCGGGGUUCUCUUGUGGGAUUCUGAAGAAUGGUUCAAGGGUUCGGUGUUGGGGGGAAAGGGUUGUUGCGGGUGAGUUGGAAAAUGGGUUUGGGAACAUGUCAAUGUUGAGUGUUGUAGCUGGUGGUUCACACGUUUGUGGGUUGAAUUCAACUGGGUUUUUGGUUUGCAGAGGAAGUCGCAACAGUUCUGGGCAACUGGAUGUUCCUCAAGGUGGAGCUUUUGAGUAUGGUGGGUUGGCACUUGGAGCUGAACAUGGUUGUGCGAUUAGAAGGUCGAAUGGUUCGGUUGUUUGUUGGGGUGGUGAUGGGAAAUUCUCGGUGGAUUCUACAAAAGAUGUGUUCUUUGAGUUGAUUGUUUCUGGGUCCAAUUUCACUUGUGGGUUAACAUCAAGCAAUUUUUCAGUUGUGUGUUGGGGCCCUGGUUGGUCUAAUAAUGAUUCUAGCUCAAGAUUUGAGCUUCCCUUGUCUCCUAUUCUUCCAGGGCCUUGUGUUCAAUCUUCUUGUAGUGAGUGUGGUAUAUAUCCUAAUUCUGAAACCUUAUGCUCUGGCUCUCGUCACAUUUGCAAGCCAAAUAAUUGUAGGACUCAAAUGACAGCACCGCCGCCACCUCCACCUCCGCUGCAUCCGCCACUUCCGGCAACACCACCGCCAUCGUCAUCUCGGUCAAAGACCUUGACAAGGGGCUUGUUGGCUUUUGCCAUUGUUGGAUCAGUGGGAGCUUUUGCUGGUAUUUGCACAUUAGUUUAUUGGUUAUGGAAUGGAGGUUGUUUUUGCAAGAAGAAAGUUCACAAUUCAGUGCAACCCACAAUUACAAGAGGUAGCAGCAAUUCCAGUGGUGGAAGCACUUCCACCAAAUCCAAUCAUAGCCCAUCUUCAAUAGCAGCUAGCAUUCGACGUCAGAGCUCAAGAAUCAUGAGGCGCCAGAGAAGUGGAACCUCAUCAGCAAAGCACCCAGAAAGAGCAGAGGAAUUCACCCUUUCUGAGCUUGCAUCAGCCACCAACAAUUUCUCACUCGAGAACAAGAUUGGUGCUGGAAGCUAUGGCAUUGUCUACAGGGCGAAACUCGCAGACGGCCGUGAGGUGGCGAUCAAGCGGGGAGAAACUGGUUCGAAGAAGAAGAAGUUCCAAGAGAAAGAGACUGCAUUUGAGUCUGAAUUGUCCUUCUUGUCUAGGCUACACCACAAGCACUUGGUUAGGCUAGUUGGGUACUGUGAGGAGAAAGAUGAGAGGCUCUUGGUGUAUGAGUACAUGAAGAAUGGAGCACUCUAUGAUCACUUGCAUAACAAAAAUAAUGUGGAAAAGAGUAGCAGUGUGUUGAAUUCAUGGAAAGUGAGGAUCAAGAUUGCUUUAGACGCUUCCCGGGGGAUAGAGUAUCUCCACAACUACGCAGUUCCAUCGAUAAUUCACAGAGAUAUCAAGUCUUCCAACAUCCUCCUCGACGCGAAUUGGACUGCGAGAGUGUCCGAUUUUGGAUUGUCCUUGAUGAGUCCUGAACACGACCGCGAUUACAAGCCGGUGAAGGCGGCAGGAACGGUCGGAUACAUUGAUCCUGAGUACUAUGGUCUAAAUGUGCUGACAGCAAAGAGUGAUGUGUAUGGUCUUGGAAUUGUGCUGCUAGAACUAUUAACAGGAAAGAAAGCUAUAUUCAAGCAUGGUGAAAAUGGGGGAACGCCACUCAGUUUGGUGGAUUAUGCUGUUCCUUCUAUUUUGGCCGGGGAAUUGGUGAAGGUUUUGGAUCCGAGAGUUGGCACACCGGAGAUGAAUGAAUCAGAGGCGGUGGAGUUGGUGGCUUACACUGCUUUGCAUUGUGUGAAUUUGGAAGGGAAAGAUAGGCCAACCAUGGCAGAUAUUGUGACGAAUUUGGAGAGGGCUUUGUUUCUUUGUGAUGGUGGUAGCCAUGACAGUGUUUCAAGUAUUACAAUCUCUGUUGUUUCAGAUUGAUUUGUGCAGGCCCUUGGAAAGGGUAAAGAGAAAAUGUUGAUAUUUUUGUGAAUUCUUAUUGAUUCUUUUUGAUAAAUUUUAAGGGUAUCCUGUUGGGAUGUAAAGAUUAGGAGUAAGUAUCAUCUAACUUGAAGAUGUAGAAAUUUUCUAAAAUACUAACAACCAAUUGAAAAAAAUGGAUAAUUUGCAUA